AAAUCCAAGACUCCAGGGGACACAUACCCAGCAAGAAACGUGAAGAGACCUAGACGAGCUGAGGUCAAUCAUUUUCCAUCUUUGCCAUGUGGUGAGACUACAGAUAGCCUGGAACAAGAGAGGAUUUCCCUUCUGUCAGAAAUACUGAAAAGAAACAACCGACAAACAAUAAAAGAAAAGAUGGCAAAGACAUUCGGAUACCGUAGACAAGAAAUAGUGCACAAGCAGCACAGCAUUGAAGACAUCUUAACGAGGUGGCCAGCACUUUUCCAGAUGGAAGAGAUCAAUGCUGAGUUCUUGCGAGUUACAGCAGUUCCCCUGAAGACAAAGUUCUUGGCUCAGUUGGACAAACACUCCACCAAACUGCUGGAGGUCAUCAGAAGCAAGGGAGGACGUGUGAAAGAGCAGACCACCAAUACCUUGAAAGCUUUAGAUGAGACCAUUGACAUCACCAUCAGAAGAGAAUGCACCCUCAAAUCUCUGAUGAUCUACUUGGGCGAACCUGUUCAUCACCUUAUUAAAGAAUACCAGGAUCUGCAGGAAAAUGAGGCUGGCGUACUGGAGCAGGAAACCAUGGCAAUCUUCGUCACUGGGAAAGAGGAUUCUUUCCAUUCACCUAAAGACAUUAAGAUAGUCAUUGAUGGGACACCGGUUCUGAAUGAGGUGCCCUCAGUUGCAAAAGCUGUUGCCAUGCUCUUCGGGCUCACAAAUGCACUCAACUUAAGGUAUCCAAAAAAUCUGCAGUACACUCUGGAAUUUGUGCAAAAAGUCCUGAUGGAGCUUGGUGGGAAAAAGAUGUCCAAGAAAGUUUAUAGGCUGAGCAGCCAGCUUUACAGCCCAGAGUAGAUGGAGUGGAUUUUUAUUGGCUCGUGGGAUGUUAUUUACCCAUUAGUGGGAAAAUGUGAUUGUUACAGUGUUUUCUUAGGUUCCUGUUCAGAGGUUGAAUGACUCCAUUUACCAAAUUUAAAGACUUCUAGCAUC